UAAGAAAUAAUGAAAAAAACGAGUAUUUAUUUCCCAAUUUGGAUCAGUUUUUAGUGUGAGACACCGCCUUAAGCGCUCCACUGUCAAUUACCCCAGUGCUUGCUGUCAUUUUUACGUCAAAACUGUCAUACUCUAGUGCACAACAAAUCCCGCGAUUUUUCCCGUUUUCUCAAUAAUAAUGUGACCCAGUGCCAUGCCGACAGCCCCCAUUCUCCAAAAAUGCCCCCCAUGCCACCAUGUCGCACGCAAUCGACAAUCCUAACCUCAAAAGAAUGUUAGUGCCCCCUUGACCAUGAUGGAAUAUGAAUACACGUCGUUUCGCAAAGAAAUUGACUUUCAUAAUCGAUGUUGUGGCGGAAUGCUUUGGUGCAUCCGCGAUAUCUGUGGUAUCAUUUGUGCAAUCUUAACGUGGUUACUUAUUUUGUAUGCGGAAUUUGUCGUCAUGUCUGUCAUACUCAUUCCAAGCCCGUAUCCGUUCUACAGUGUUGUCAAUGUUGUUAUUUUUCAAUUUUGCGCCUUUUUGGCGUUUUCAUCGCAUCUCAAGACCAUGUUCACGGACCCGGGUGCUGUGCCAAAAGGAAACGCUACGAAGGAAAUGAUCAAGCAGAUGGGGUACAGGGAGGGACAGGUGAUAUUCAAGUGCCCAAAAUGUUGCAGUAUUAAGCCAGACAGGGCCCACCAUUGCUCAGUCUGUCAACGUUGUAUAAGAAAAAUGGACCACCAUUGUCCAUGGGUCAAUAAUUGCGUUGGUGAGAACAAUCAAAAAUAUUUUGUAUUAUUUACUUUUUAUAUCGCCGUACUUUCGCUACAUUCUCUCUUCUUGGCAAUCAACCAAUUCCUGAUGUGCAUCCGCCACGAGUGGAAGGAAUGUACAACCUAUUCGCCUCCUGCGACCGUUGUGUUGUUGCUCUUUUUGAUUUUCGAGGCGCUUCUUUUUGCUAUUUUUACAGCCGUUAUGCUUGGUACGCAAGUCCAAGCAAUAUGGAACGAUGAGACUGGAAUUGAACAGUUGAAAAAGGAGCAAGCUAGAUGGGUGAAAAAAUCACGAUGGAAAAGUAUCCAAGCUGUUUUUGGCAGGUUUUCCAUAUUGUGGCUGUCGCCGUUUGCCAAACCUGCACCAAAGUAUAAAAACGAGCUCGAUCUUUAUUCCGUUUAAUUAUUUAUUGACUGGUUUUUAUGAAACUUAAGACGGUACUUUAAAGUCACCCGUGAUUAUUUAUAUUGAUGUUUUCCAUGCACGCCCCUAUAUUUAAUAAAAACCUAAACAGAA